AUGGAUGCCAAUGCUGGAGCAGAAUCUUUAUCACAGGUUAUAACUGAACGUAAUCAAUUACGAUCGCAAAACGAUCAGUUGUGGAAAUUAAUAGAGAAACAAAAAUCAGUAAUAGAUAAUUUACAAAAGGAAAAUCAAAAGCUUGCCAAUGAAAGAGAGAGGCUUAUUAUAAAACUUAGGGAUAAUGAUAGCAUAAACUCAAGUCGUUCCGAGGACGAAAAGACGCCAAUUGAGAAGGGAGGGAGUGAAGAUAAAAAACCCGUGGAAUCUGAUAAUUCAAAUAAUUCAAAUAAUAUUAAUGAUAUUAUUGUUACGGCUGCGCCGAGUACAUUCAAACCACCUGUUCAAUCUGUUCGUCAAUUACCAACUGGAAGCGUGAAUUCAAGUCAAUCAAAUCAACCAUCACCACCACAAUUAUCAUCAUUAGAUAAAGCACCAUCUUUAGAAACAAAAUCACUAAAUCAGCACGAUUCGUCCAUUUCAGCAUCAUCUGAUGUAUCCACUAAUGUUGAAACAUCUGUAUCGGCUUAUGAUGAAACAAGUUCAAUUGAUCAACAAAAAGAAGAAACACAUCAACUGCAAACAGAUACCAAUUCAGUGAAAAAUGAAAAUGGUAUCAUCACCCAUAUUAAUGAAUCAAUUUCUUCAAUCACAAUUGAUUCGAAUGAUACAUCUAACCUUGUCAAAACUCUUUAUUCUUUAUCACCAGUUCUUCCUCCAAAAUCUAUUCAACGACAUCAUUCUUUACAAAUUGAUAAUCGUCCAAAGUCUCCUUCAAACUUAACGGAAGUUCAAGAUUCUCAAGACUCUCCACGAAACUCUCAGGAACAACCAACAUCGCUUCCUAUUGAACAAAAUUCCGACUCAUCCGUUUUACGGAAUCCUCCAUCACCCACCAUUUCAGUAAAAUCUUCAGGGUCUGAAAGCGUAGGCAGUAGUGGCGGUACCAGUAGGUAUACGCAUAAUAGUACAGCACAAACCAUUGACACAGAUUUGGAUGAAAAUGAUGCUCUAGAUCAGUUCCCUCAACCAAUGCCUAGGGAAAAGCCAAAUUUUGAGGAAAAUCAUAGUGUAGAUAGGUUAGAUUCCGAAGAAAGUAUUAGUGCAUUAACGGAAAAUGACCAUAAAAUUCCUGAGUCUCCUGGUUUGUCAAACUCAUCAUCAUCUAUACCACCUCGUUCUCCCAAGUUACCAUCCUCACCUAGAGCAUUUGCUUAUGGUAGUGAAUCACGUAAAUCCAGUAAUGAUUCUGAAUUGCCUAUACCUCCACAUAGUCCUAGUCAUGAUAGCAAGCCUAAUAUAUCAAACGGUACUAUUAUAAUUGAUCAGAACAAUGCAAGUAAUGACGGUUAUUUACAAAAUUUACAAGGUACUAUUCAAAUACCUGCGAUAGAACAUAACUUACCUAUUAGAUCACAAUCAUUACCAUUUCGUGAUAAUAAUAAUACACCACAACCAUUUGUAUCGGUGCCUAGUGAUGAUUCCGAAGAUUCCUCGAAAAAAUCAAGGAGAGAUUCUCUGACUCAUAAUCAUAGUGAUUCUAACCUGGGGAACACUUAUUUAGCUACGGAUAAUGUUCCAAAAGAAAAGGCAUUGAGACCUAGUAAAUCUUUUAAUUACAUUUCACCUGUCUCACCUGGACCAAGAGCUAGAGUUUCAGCUAUGCCACCUCCUCGAGGUGGGCAUUAUCCUGAAUUACGUAACCCAGGAUUGAAUUCUAACACGUUAUCAAUUCCCGGUCAAAAUACUCGUCACAGUGUUUAUAUGACACCUGGACAAAGUCCAAGAGAUAAUCCUGCUGCUGAACGUGUAGCUCAACAUAUAAAAAACAAACGGUCUCUUCCUGACGCUGGUAUUGUGACGAAUCCAUCUCACGGUCUUCAUCAGCAGUCACCACAAGCGCAACAACAGCAAAUGACUCAAAAGCAAAUGUCUCAACAACCUUUCCAACAACCAGGUUUUACGCAGCAACACCAAAAACCACAUGGUUCACAAGCUAUUACCUCAGAUGGUAUUUCUGGCAUUGCUGUAAAGGUUAUUGGCAGCAAUAAAAAGAAUAAUGAUAAGGGCAAAGAAGUGUUGGCAUUUGUAAUAUCAGUAGGACAUGCAAGGGUGCAAGAUAGUUCAGUCGUUGGGUUGGAUAAAGAAUUAUGGAGAGUUGAGAAAUUAUAUUCUGACUUUUUAACUUUGGAUUCAAAAUUGAAACAACACCAAAACAAAAGCACUAUAAAUAAAAUUGGUAAAUUACCGGAUAAAAAUCUCUUCCACAAUAAUGCCCCUAGUAAAGUAGAUCAAAGAAAGAUUGCAUUGGAACAAUAUCUUCAACAUGUCAUUUCAUUGCCAUUGAAAGAUUCUAAAGAUUUAUGUGAAUUUUUAAGUUCAAACGUAAUUGAUCAACAAGAAAAGGAUUAUAGGCAGUCCGGAUAUAAGGAGGGAUAUCUUACAAAAAAAGGCAAGAAUUUUGGUGGUUGGAAAUCAAGAUAUUUUGUGUUGAAUAAUCCUGUGCUUGACUAUUAUGAGAGCAAAGGAGGGAAUCAUCUCGGUUCUAUUCGCUUGACUUAUGCACAAAUUGGGCGACAACAAAAUAAUAAUAUUAAUGAAGCGGACAAGGAUAGUGACAAUUCCUUUAGGCACGCUUUCUUAAUUUUGGAGCCAAAAACUGGUUCAAAGAAUAAACAUGUAUUAUGUGCCGAGAGUGAUGCAGAAAGAGAUGAAUGGGUAGAGGCCUUACUUCAGUAUGUUGGUGUAGGUGAAGAAGAAGAACGGGAAAGCAAAAAGAACUCAAAGAAGAAAUUUCCAAAAGAAAUCAUUGCCAAAGUCGGUGCUCAUCCAAUUUCGCAGUUUGGUAAACAUGAAUUUUUCGAUGCAAAACUUCUUGCGAACGAACAGCAAAGAGACAAUCGCCCUGAUAGGAAAAAAGGAAAUGAUUCAAUUUCUAGUUUUAGUAGUCAGUCGGACCAAUGGAAUGAUCCACCAAGGAAUUCUUUAGGUGGCAAUCAACAGCAAUCCAUGUUGGGUGUAUCUUCAACUCCAGUUGUGAAACGCGGUAGCGUGUUAAGUCGAGACGAUCCAGAUCGUAGGAACUAUAGUGGUACUCCUGACCGAGAAAAUACAGCUUCGCCUGUUGGUGGUACGAGCGUUAAUAAUCCACCGCAACCAUCCUCAUAUGUUCAAGGAGUACGAGACCAAAUGCAAAUACAUGGACAUUUAAGACGUCCGCAUGAUGACAGUAACCAAGUUGAAAGGAAAAAAACGUCACGUAAAACUUUCUUUGGCAGCAUGUUUGGUAGUAGUAAAGAUGAUAAAAAGAAAUCUCAUGAAUCUCGACCUGACGUGUCCAAAAUUGUUUUUGGUGUGCCAUUGGAUUAUGCUAUAUCAGUAGCACGAAUUAAAGAAGGUUAUGAACUGCCUGCUGUAGUAUAUCGAUGUAUUGAAUAUUUGGAUGCAAAUAAUGCUACAGAAGAAGAAGGAAUUUACCGCUUAAAUGGAGCCACGGCUACUAUCAAAUUCUUAAAGGAAAGAUUUAACUCGGAGGGAGAUGUUGAUUUAAUAGGCGAGGGUGAAUAUUAUGACGUACAUGCUGUGGCUGGGCUAUUGAAAUUAUACCUGAGGGAAUUGCCCACAAGUGUUCUAACUCGUGAAUUACACGCAGAAUUUGUUAAUGUGAUUGACCUUCUUGAUCGACGUGAUCGUAUAAAUGAACUUGGUCGUCUUGUCUGUGCCCUUCCUUUAUCAAAUUAUACAUUAUUAAGGACAUUAACCGGACAUUUGAUCCGUAUUGUACAAAAUUCCGACAUUAAUAAGAUGACAGUUCGUAAUAUUGGAAUCGUUUUCUCGCCAACGCUGGGGAUUCCUGCAGGAGUUUUUAGUCUUUUUAUGGCUGAAUUCGAUUACAUUUUCUUUACUGAUAGCAACGGUACAGCUGCACCUAGAACUAUAGACGCACCUCCAUCUGAAAAUAAGGAAAGUGAGGAGUCUAAUUCUAGAAUAGAAGAAAAUAAUAAAUCAGUAGAAACUUCGCAAUCUACAACGAAUAAUGAUCCUGAUGUAGCCCCUCUUUCACCUAGUGUAUUAUCACCAAAAAAUGUUUUGCGGCGCCGUGACCUUCGUGAAGACAUCGACGGAAGGAGUAAUCGUAACAGUAUGCAUUAUAUGGACGGAGCACCCAAGAAAGUGGUUGGCUUGGAAAGAAAAUUGACAGGUACUAAAAAGUUACGUCGAGUUGAUUCUUCAGAUGAAGAAGAAGUCAAUGAUCUUGCUCUUCAAGCAGAUGAUGAUGAAAGUUUAUCUUCUGAUUCGGCAGAUGAAUCAACAUCUUCACCGAUCAAUUCAUCGAUACGUUCAGCACCAGUUUCACCACGUCUACCGACGCCAAAUGGUUUACCGCGUCCUAAUUCGACUUCUAGUGUUCAUGUAGAAUCCACGGAAGAUACUGUUUCAGAUGCGGAUUCAGUUGAAACGCGGAAUAGUCGUCGAUUAACAGUAAGAAGCUUUAAUAAGCGUGAUUCUAUGUAUGAAAUACUUUCAGUGAUGGAUGCUCAAAGUUCACAGAAUGAAGAAUCGAAUCAGCAAAAUAAUCCAAAUGCGAACGGUGACAUAACUAAUAUUGCCAAUGAAAGUAAAAAAAAUGAUGAUUUGUGA